GAGGGCAGCAUAGCACUAGUCUGUGUAGUCAAAAGACUGAUGUGGUGAGGGGAUUAACCUGUUCUGUGCACUCUCUCCUGGUAGUAUAAAAGCAAUGGGCUUAAUCCAAAGUUUCAUGAGUUUACAUAAACAUACACGAGUUUAUGUGACACUAACACUACAGACACUGUGGAAGUCUGCCAAGAUACUCUGGGAUGAACACCAUCGGGGGCUUCAUAAAGGACAAAACUCCCAGCGAUGUCCCGGUCCUAUUCGCUCCAGCUGUAUUCCCUCUGGCACUUCUUCCUUUCUGCCCUCUGUGAAAAUGAAGGUGCAGUCCUCCUCAUAAAGUGCCAGCUAACACAACCGUCCAAGAGACCUGGCUACUCCUCAGGACUGGUGGUGUUCUUUUUUCACGAACUGUUGAGUUCACUCAUUUCUGUGUGCUUUCCAUCCUCUGCAGGUCACCUGCCGGAGUCCAGCCGAGUUUUGUCUCUCUUACUUCAGCGAGCAACCAGGGUCUGCACUUUCUGUGCUGUAGCUCGACAGUUCCCGGAAAACAGAAGUUUCCGGCUCGCUCACAGCCCUCCGACACCACCACCCUGCACAGGGUGCCCCGAACCGGAGGCGGUGCGGCGCUGCCUCCCUUCACCCACCCCUCCUGGGAGCUGCAGUGUUUUCCGCACAUGCAGUGCACGUCCCCCGCUGGCAGGCAGGCAUCUAGUAGCCGAUCUCCCUCCCCGUCCCCUCGGAGGCCCCAACCUACCCGACUCCUCCUUCAUCCCCAGCCAGCUCCGGGCGCAGGGCCCAGGCGAUGCCCUCCCACCCGACCCCGGCGCUUCCCCCGACCGGCUCCGCCUUUCCCUCCCCGCCUGCGGGAAGGCCGGGCCAGGUCGGGCCGGGUACGGGACGGCGGCGUUGUCGGCCAUGUCCUCGCAGCCGGCCCCCCCCGUCACGGAGCAGGUCCGCAGGGCGUCCGCCGCGCCCCGCCCGGAGGCCGCGGAGCUGCGGGAGGCGUCCCGCUGCCUGGUGGCGGACGGCGAGGGGCGGAGGGUGCCCUUCGCCGCCCUGUACGGGGAGCAGAAGGCCAUCGUGGUGUUCGUGAGGAGUUUUUUGUGUUACACCUGUAAGGAGUAUGUGGAAGACCUGGCAAAAGUCCCCAGGAGUUACUUACAAGAAGCAAAUGUGAGGCUUAUCGUUAUUGGACAGUCAUCUUAUCAUCACAUCAAGCCCUUUUGCAGUUUAACUGGGUAUACGCAUGAAAUGUAUGUAGAUCCACAAAGGGAAAUUUAUAAAACACUUCGCAUGAAAAGAGGUGAAGGUAAUAACUUAUCAGUGCAGAGCCCUCACGUAAAAUCAAGCAUGCUCUUGGGAAGUAUUAAGAGUAUGUGGAGAGCAAUGACUGGCCCAGCUUUUGACUUCCAAGGAGACCCCGCUCAGCAGGGAGGAACUCUGAUUUUAGGCCCAGGUAAUGAAGUUCAUUUUUUGCACCUUGAUAAAAACAGGUUGGAUCAUGUUCCAAUUAACACAGUUUUGCAACUGGCAGGAGUUAAAACAGUAAAUUUUACAAACAAACCCCAGAUUAUUGACGUAUGACGCAGAGAAAAUGUGUCAUUUUUCAUUUCUGCUCUACAAGAACAACGCUCCAGUGAAUUCCCACCAGCAUCACUACUCUUGCAUCUUUAUGGGACAUCUGAAACCAUAUCUAGACUAUCAGAGCACAGAAUAAACUAACUGGCACUGAAGACAGAUACUGAAGUGCUAUUUCCAUUGCAUGUAAAAUAACAAAAACUAGAACGCAACUGAGACUUAUUGCUAAAAUUCCUACAGCUUAUUAUUUUCUCAUGUAACAAUCUUGCUAACACAUUUAAAAAAUCUUCCUUCGGGAUGCACUAAACUAAAAUCUGGUUUUGCUCGGGAAGAACUUGGGAUUCUUGCCUUUCGCUAAAUCACAUCAGCUUUCAACCCAGAACUUCUCAGUGGUUUUCAAACCUCCAGCACUGUGUGGCAAUCUUGUAUUUAAAAUAUACUUUGGAAGCUCACUGUUGCAAACAGUGGGAUCUAAGCCGAUAACUAUUUUUGCAUCUGGCAAGGUUGAACUUUAUGAAAUACAUUUAAUAGUUUUAAAUAAAUAUUUUAUAUAUA